CAGAGGCAGAGGCCGGAGCCGUGGCCGCCACGUUUAAAAGCAUCAACAAUAACAAAAUUUUUUUUUCGAAUUUCGAAUUUUGCCACGAGCGAACGUUACCACUGGCUCUUCGUGGAUUUUUGGCUGUUUUCCGCCCGACAAAAAAAUAAAUAAAUAAAUAACAAAUGUAGAAACUACCUACCUAAUUCGAAAAUAUAAAAAAUCAUAUUCAAGAAAUUAAAUAAUGCCCCAUGCAACAACAGUGCUAAAAAAUAAAAAAAAAUUAUAAAAUAUCAAGCAAGGAAAAAUUAUAAGAAUAUAAAAAAUAAAAAACUUGCAGGUGUUAUUAAUAAUUUCAAACAAAAAUUAUUUGAAAAGAAAAAUUACAAAAGUAUAAAAUAUAAGAAGCAAGCAAGAAAGGAAGGAAGCAAGAGAAAACAAUUAACAAAUAAAUAACUAACAUAUUUUAAGGUGAUACGUGAAACGCUAAAAACAAAAAAAAAAAAACCAACAAAAAAUCCCGGCAAAUACAAAAAUAAAGAAAGAAAAUCGAAAGUUCUCUGCGAUCGGAAGAUAAGGAGAGCAGAGAAAUAAAUUACAGCAAGAAAGAAUUGCAAAUUAACGGUAAAGCGCGCGGAAAAAUAAGGAAAAAAAAAAAGAAAUAAAAAGAAGGGCGAAAUUUUUUUUGGUGUCCCUUUUUUUGGUGUUUUUUUUUUUUUUUGCAAAUCCCCACACACACAAACACCCUCCCCCCAAAACAACAACAACAACCACAACAAUAAUUGACGCAAAAAGUGCGCAACAACACUUGUGAAGAAAAACACAACGUAUAAGAUAUAGGCGAGAUAUCUAGAAAACUUAACCAAAUUGGAUUACAUUUAAUUGAAUAGACAACUACACUGACAACUGGAUACACACAACAAACCACACACACACACUCAACACACCCACUACAGCACUAUCCAGUAACGGAAUCUUAAAGCUGUCUUAUAAGACGGCUUCCACUCAGGAAAUAGACGACAUAUGUAUGUUUUUUAAACCGGACACAAUGGAACUCGAAUACGGAUCCAUAUCCAUAUCGGAUUCGUUGCAAAUGGAACUGGACGAAAACUUCGAGCUGAUGGACGACAGCAUGGACCAGAUGGGCCACCUGAUGGACGACGAUUUGUUCCUCCACGGCCUCCACUCCAGCAUUGAGAGCGACGUGGCCAAGAUCUCCGAUACCACCACCAGCUGCGCCUUCUCCCGGGAGGAGGAGGACAUUAAGACGGGUAUCCGGAAUGCCGAUUGUAUGUGGUCGGCUAUACAUAAUGGCGCUAAUGCCGGUACAAAUAUGAAUAAUGGUGGUAAUAGUGCCGCCUCAUCGUUCUCCGAUACCAUUUCUAUGCCACUGGCAGCGGUAUCCAAUUCACAGAAUCCCUACGAUCUGAAACAGCAACAGACCACCACCACCGCCAACAAGCUGGUGUACAUUAAGGACGAGCCAUUAGAUGAGACAAAUACCACCACAACCACAGCCUACCAGCCGAUGAUCAGCAGUCGGGGCAGCCGAUUGGGCGACAAGAAGUCCAUCCAACAGACAACAAAUAUGACGAACGUGGAGUCGAUACCGCCGGGCGGUAGUCUGCUCCGCAAGAGGAACAAUCCAGCCGGCGAGUCUCUGUCCAAAUUGAAAGUUCGAACCUGCCAGAGGCCCGAUACUCCGCAUAGUUUGGACGACGAGGGCAUCCGAAUGCCGUCGUCCAAUCCACCGGCACCCGAAUUCCGGCACAAUGUCGAUCUACGUGCCUGCCUCAUGGGCAGUAAUAACAUUUCACUGACCUCCGAUGGCUUCAAUUGCAUCAAUCAGAUAUGCCAGGAUCUGCAGAAUCUGAAUGGUAAAGGUCUUGUCAAUGUUAGAUUCCCAUUGCCGGCCUUCUCCGAUGUCCUCGAGGUCCUGAACGCCCAGGAUCAGUGCAACAGCAACGACAUGUACAAUAGCGGAUCGGUGGCAAUAUCGCCACCAACUACCAGUUCUGAUUGCGAUUCGGAUGACGGUAAUUCAUCGGUGAACUACAGUUCAGCCUUUGGGGCGACGGGACAGCGGCUGAGGAAUCAUCGUUCCCACGGAUCUGCCUCCAAUAUGAUGCAACACAUCACCGAUCAUAGUUAUACCCGUUGCAACGAUAUGGUCGACGAUGGACCCAGUCUCGACACACCCUCCGAUUCUGAGGAAGAAAUCGAUGUGGUAUCCUACACGGACAAGAACCUGCCCACGAAUCCCUCGUGUCACGUGAUGGGCGCCUUGCAAUCGAAAAUAUCGGACAAGAUCUCCCGUGACGAUCAGACGAAGAGCCAUGAGUACACUCUCCCGUAUACGCCGGCGAGCAGUAGUCCCGUUAAAUCAGUGGCCAACUCCCGUUACCCAUCACCAUCGAGUACACCGUACUCGUUCGCAUCAGGACAUGGCCAGAACUGUUUGGACUUCCCCAACGUGAACACGAGUUGUUCGAGCAGUUCCAGCAGCUCCAGUUCGAGUUCGAGUUCCGGGUUCGUGAGUGCCACCACUAACAACAAUACCAAGAAUCGGAAGCGUUACUUUGUGAAGGUGAGUGGUGGUGGCGGAGGAGGAUCGAUGCCGAAGGCGGCAUGCCACAGGGACAUGACGACGACGACGACGGCGACGGUGUCCUCUGGGAUGAUGGCGAGCAAAAAGUGCCGUGGCAAGAAGGCGGCUGGCAGUGAUCAGGAUAUGGUCUUGGUGCGUCAGAACUCGACAUCGGGCAUGUCGGCGGCUGGUUCCCGCCACCACCAGCAGCAGCAGCACCACCACCAGCAGGCACACCACCAGCAGCAGCAGCAACAGUACAGUUUGGACGAGGCGGACACGAUCGAGAAGAGGAAUCAGCACAACGAUAUGGAACGACAGCGUCGUAUCGGUCUCAAGAAUCUAUUUGAGGCGCUGAAGAAACAGAUCCCGACCAUCCGAGACAAGGAGCGGGCGCCCAAGGUGAAUAUCCUGCGGGAGGCGGCCAAGCUGUGCGAGCAGCUGACCCGCGAGGAGGAGGAGCUAAGCAGCCAGAAGUUUGCUCUGCACAAGCGGCUCAAGGAGCAGCACGAGAUCCUGGCCAGGCUGAGGGCCAUGAAGCGGGAAAAGGAGACGGCGGUGUCCGUCAGUGGAUAGUCCUCGGUCGUCCUACAAGGAUUCCUGCGGGAUUCAUCCCACUCCUGCAGGAGUGGCAGCGGCGGCGGCGUAGCUAGGCUUUAGGAGUGCUUAGGAUAUAUAUAUAUUUUUUUUUUCUUACUAGGAUAUAUGUAUUUUUUUCAACCUCCCCCCCUUCCCAAAUUUUUCGACUUUUUUUUGCAAUCGAUUUUGAUAAUCGAUUAAUUUUUUUUUAUCUUUUAUUUUUUAUUUUCGCUCUUGACCUUAAGCGUUUGUUUAAUUUUUCUUUUUCUUUUAUUUUUUGCUCUAAUUUCUUAUUGAACUUCAAUAUCAGUUGGUAGGUUAUUUUUUAGGAUAUUAAUAGUUUAGGAAUUUUUUUCGGGCUUGCUUUUAUUUUAUUCAGACUAUAUAUUUAAAAAACAAAAAACAACAGCAAAAAAUUUGAUUUCUUUAAUGUGAUAUAUAUAUGAUUUUCUUAACCAGCGAUUUAAUUCUUUUUUUGCUUGAAAAGAAACAAAACCGAAAACUAAAAACUAAAAACUAAACAACAAUCAUGGAAGAAAUAUUUAAGGACAGACUCUUUUUGAUAUGAAAUCAAGUUGAAGUUUAAUAUAUAUUUUUUUUAACUAUAAUAAUAUAAAUAUUUUUUGUUUACUGCUUACUAUUUUUUUAGGGUUUAGCUUUUAGAGUUAAGGUCUCUGUAUAUAACAUAUAUAUAUAUAUAUAUAUAUAACUAUUUUUUUUUUUAAUUAGAGCUACUUAACCAUGAAUUAAACUAAAAAAAAAAAAUUUAAAACAAAACAAAGUAAGGAAAACAAAAACACAAAAAAAAAACAAGGACAAGGAACCAAAACAAUGAAGUGAAAAGUGAAAACAAAAUGAAUAAUAAAUAGGAGAAGUAGGAGAAGAGAAGAAAGGAGAAAAAGAAAGGGAAAGGAAGGGAAAAAGGAGUGAAAAGUAAAAAAGAAAAACACAAAAACGGAAACGGAAAACAGACAAAAGUUACAACGAAAGAGCCACAAAACCUAGAAAGGAAGGAGAAAAGAAAGAAAGUAAGAACGAAAGAAAGAGGCAAAGAGAAAGUCGAAAAACACAGUGAAGAGCAUAAAGAUCUAUAUAUACGGAUAUAUAUAUAGGUUUCUUAUAGGAUUUAUGUACGUAGUAUAGCUAAAAGUAGAACUUUUGGUUGCAAAAAAAAACAACAAAAUUUAACUUACUUUCGGAAAUAUAUACAUAUAUAUAUAUUUACUAUUAUGCGUAUAUAUAUAUCGGAUAUAACGGAUAAAUCUUUUUUUUUUUUAUAUGCGCGCUUGGAUCGAAAAGAUAUAUAAUGAAAAGAUAUAUAUAAUCCCCAUAAAGACGCAUCCCUGGAGCAGAGAAGAAAAAAAAAAGAAAAAAGAACCUUAGCUAUUCUGUAAUUGCUUUUGCUUUAGAUCCCCCCCCCCCCCCAAGAUCGAUCCCCUGCUAUUAUCUAUAUAUCUUAUAUGACGAUGAUGAUAAUGAUGAUGAUGAUUUAUGAAAAGAAGAAACGCUUUUAAUAUUUAUACCCGUAAACCAACAAAAACACUUGAACUCUACUGCCUAUAUCAGAAAAAUACAUUUUUUUUUUUACUUUGCUAUUAUAUUUGAAUGAAAUAUUCAAAUAUAUAUACUAUAUAUAUAGUGCUAUAUACAAUCUAUAUAGUGUGUAUAUAGUCAAAUCGUUUUACAAUCAUAUUACUAUAUAUAUUAUCCUUUUUUUUUUUUGUUUAACGCUAUAUUAUAUUUAGGUAUAUUAUAUUUUUUUAAAAACUGAUAACUAUGCAUAUGAAAUGCGCAAAACUUAACGAAAAAAACAAAAACAAAGGAAUUAAGAGUAAACUUUAAAAACAAAAAAAAUAAAUACUAUUUAAUAGUGGUAUCCUGAACCCUGAAACGAAAAGAAAGGGAGGGAGAUAGAUAGCUAGAGAGAGAGAGAGUGAGAAAGUUAGAAAGAGAGCGAGGUGGAGAGAAAGAAUACAAAAAUUGGCUGCAAAGUUUGCUGUUGUUGGUUGGAGGUGUGUGUUGGAUAUAAUGAUUAUGAUAAAAAAAAAAAAUAUGAUCCAAGAGAUACAAGAUAUAUAUAAAAGAAGAAGAAGAAUACAUUGAAGAACCCACGUCACCCCCCGAAAAAAAACUCAAACUUUUGUGAGCUGUUUAACUGUCGAUUUUUUGCUAAUAAGUUGCCUUUCGGCAAUAUGUUAUAUAUGAUUAACGAUUAUAUACCAAUUGUUUACAUGCAUCUAAAUAUACAUACACUUUAUAUAUAUAUAUAUAUCUGCUCUAACUAUACUAUAUAUAUAUAUAUAUAUAUUUACUAAAAGGACAUGAUGAAGCAUAAAAAAAAGCGAAUGAAGUUGAAAAACGCAUAAGAAAAAAGAGCAUUAGGAAAAAAAAAAAACAAAAAACACAAGAAACGAAACGAUUCUAAGGAAAUGUCAACUGUUAUUUAGGUUUAGAUACACUGCAAGAAAAAAAUUUACACAUGAUAUGACCAGAAAAAUAUGUCCUAAAAAAUGAGAUCGAAAUUUCUUUUUAAUUUAAAUUAAACAACUAAAAAAAAAGAGGACGUUUCAACGAAAUUUUUUUUUUCAAUGUGAGUUUCUAGGCUUUGUACCAAUACUACUAUAUAUCUAUAUGCCCCAUAUAUUAUAUACAAUUCUUAUACUAUAUAUUUUUUUUGUCUAUUACUAGCAAUAUCGUUUAGGUAUGAAAACAUGAAAUAUAUAUUUUUGAUUUUUAUUUUCUAAUUUUUUUUUUUCAAUUAUUACGCCGCCGCAAAAAUGUUCGAUUUUUUGAAGGCAAAAAUAUAAUGAAAAACUAAAAAACAAGCACGACUUAAUUACUUAACUAUUAUUUCUUUUUUGAAUAAUAAAUGCUAUGCUAAAAAAAAAACAAACAAAAAAAAAACUUGUUAACAAAAAAAAGAGAGAAGAAAAUAAAGAGAAAUAAAAAUAUACACUGUAAAUAGCAAUCUCGUUAAAUAAUAGUUACACACGAAAAAUAGAAAGAUAUAUAUUAUUAAAAAUGCAAAUUUACAAAAAAAAAACAAAAUAACAAAAUGCAAAAAACAAAAUAGUUACAAAACAAAAACCCAAAAAAGAAGGAAUUAUUUUUAUAGAAAAAGCAAAAACCCGGAGAGAAAACUCAAAGCAAUAGACUUAAGCGAAAUGUACAACGCGAAACCGAAACGAAAACAAAAAACAAAACUUCAAUAAACCAACAAAACAACAAAACAACAAACAAACACAACAAACACACAAUACACAUACACACUUAUACCUAUAUUAUACACAAACACAAACACAUACACAAAAAAUGCACCUAUUUUCCUAUAGUACAUACAAACCAAGAAAUAGUUUAAACAAAAAAACAAACCUCGUUUUCCUUCUUUAAUUUCAUCUAAAAAAAAUAAUAAAAUAAAUUAUAAAAAAAAAACAAGAACCGUACAAAUUUACGAUACAAUAAACAAAAGCAAACAACAAACAAAAAAAAUGUAAAAUGACAAACAAACAAAGAAACUGAAAAGCCAAGUCCUUUUCUAAGUUUGAGUCCUUUAAUUUAUUGUUACAAAAAAAAUAACAAAAAAAACAAACAAAACAAAUUCAAAAACAAAAACUGAAAAAGCAUUUUUAAAGAUUACUUUUUAUUUUCGAUUAAAACAAACAAAAUAAUUAAUAUAAAAAAAAAACAAGAAAAAACUAUUACCAAAACCAAAAUCCUCGCAAACAAAAACAAAAAAAAUUCAACUUUUUUUUUUCUUAUAUUAAAUGUAUAACUAAAAAAGCAAAAAAACGAAAAGAAAAAAAAAAAAACAACUAAUGUUUUUAUGUUUAUAUAUAUAUAUAUAUAUAUAUUUUUUAUGAUUAUGAAAUUUUUUAUAUUAUGUAUACACACAAACUACUAUUUGAAUUAGUUGUUAAAAUUUAUUAUUACACACAUAUUAUUACACAAAAAUUUAUUUGAAAUUAAGCAUAAACAAUUUAAAAAAAAUAAAAACUACUACAAAAAAAAAAAUGAAACAUGUUAAUACAUUGAAGGAAAAAAAAAAUGGAACCUAUAGACGAGCAUCAUUGAAAUAUUUGAAAUAUAUUCGCGAUAGUACGAUUUUAUUUGGAAAAAAAAUAUUUGAAAAAGAAAUUCUUUGAUUUGAUUGUUCGAUUUUUUUUUGGUUAUUGCUUAAUUAAUAAAUAAAUAUGUGCAUGUAAAAAACAAAAUCAAGAAUUAUUCAUGAUAUAGAUGGCAAAAACAGAUUUACAAAGAAAUCAAGCUAAACAACUAUAUAAAUAUAUUAUAUUAUAUAAUAAUUUUUAACUCGUUAUGUAGUUACUUAUUAAUGAAAAAUAAAAAAUA